GCAUCCAACCUCACCCCCUACCUCGAUCACCGUCCUUCUCUCCAUGGCCGUGUCCGACGCGGGCACGCCGUGCCCAGCGCCGACACCCGAUGCGGCCGCGAUGGCGGUCGCGCGGCCGCGGAUCAGCUGUUCCAGUUGCCUCUGCGGAGGUCAGGUCCUUCAUUUCCAUGUCAUGCAGCUGGAAGGCCAGAUCUUCCUGUGGAUCGGCGGUGAACGCUUGGGCUUGGACGAUCUCCAUGUGGCCACGCCCACCCGCUUCGACGCAUUGCCCAGCGUGGCCUCGCUCCGGGGAGAAGUGGAUGGCCAUGCGAGCGGUUUGGCACAGAAGCUGUCCAGGCGCUUUGGACGGAUGAUCUUCUUCAGCCUCAACCUGCCGGAGGAAGUUCAGGCAGAGACGAUGCUCGCCCUUCAGUGCAAGUCCAGUGGGCGACGCCAAGCCUGUGGAGUAAGCAAGUGUUGGCAAGUUAGUUCCCACGGCCGCGUGUGCACGACAAAUGGUCGGAUAUCACACGGGUCUUUGCAAUCAAGUGGCUACUGCAGGGUUAAGAUUUUGGGCCACGACUUUUAUGUCCAUCGUGUGGUGGCCUCAGCUUUCCUCGGUCCUCCACCAGAUGGGUCAAGAUGGCAGGUGCAUCAUCGAGAUGGCAAUCCUUCCAAUAAUCGUUUGGACAAUCUGGAAUAUGUGACUCAGAGCCAGAACAUUCUUGCCUCCUACGCGAGCUUAUCUAGACGGUGCGGUGCUGCAAAGCGGGCCGUGUCUGUAAUGUGGAGAGCUGUGGGGUCCCAAAGCUGGACCACUUCCCUUUCAAUGACGCAAGCAGCAGCGGAGCUUGGCAUAAGCCAGUGGUCAAUCUCCCACGCCUGCCGCAAAAGCAAAGUAGUCAAAGGCUAUGAGUUUGAAGUUGCACAUUGUGGUGAGAUGAGAGUCCAAGAGGGAGAGGAGUGGCGGCAAAUGUAUGAUCCUGUUUCAGGCCUGGAGGUGCCCGGACGGAUGGUGAGCUCUCUGGGAAGGCUCAAGUUUCGAAACGGGCGAAUAUCAUUGGGAUCUUUGCGCAAAGUGGGGUACUACACAACAGGUAUCAGCUUGACCUCACACAGACGUAGUGAAUUGGUCCAUCGCAUCGUGGCAUAUGCAUUUCUAGGGCCACCUGCUUCUUGGCAUAGGGGCUAUGUUAACCACAAAGACCUGGACAAGGGAAAUAACGCAGUUGAAAACUUGGAGUAUGUAUCACAGUCUGAGAACACAUUUCACUGUUUUGCCACUACAGUCAGUACAGGCUCUCCUAGGCAUAAUGGUAUACAAGUGGAAAGCAGACCUUUGGACUGCAACUACUCUUGGACAAGACAUCCUUCUAUCAAGAGUGCUGGCCGUGCUCUCGGUAUAAGCCCAAGGAGCAUUUUUGCUUGCCUCAGGGAGCAGCGUGCAAACACUUGUGGCUACCAGUUCAGAUUGGCAGAUGCUCCACCCACGAGGUUCCUUCCAGGUGAAGUGUGGCGUUUGGUUGAUGUUGCAGCCCUUCUUCGAGAGAGGGCCAUGCGAACAGGCAGAUGAUCAUUUUGCAGUCACACCCGCUUUUUACACCUUGAGCCCGUAAUGGUCGAACAGUAAAUAGUAGGCGGAGAAAUGUGCCAAGUGUCAUUUUCAUAGCAUGCGGACAGCUUGUGAUGAUCAAGCUUUGAGUUCCACCCUUGAUCAUCCGAGUUCCACCCUUUAUCGAGCCAUUGAAGACACAGCAACGGCAUAUUUAUGUUGGCAGCACCAAAAAUGACCGUGACCAAUGGAUUUGAUUUUCAUUUGCGAAAC